UCUAUCUCCGCAACCGCCCUCGAACACUCCACCAAUGUCCGAUCGGAGCAUCGUCGCCGGCCAACUCCAUAGACCACCAAGACCCACCACCGCCGGCGAUGGUGGACAAUUCAUGCGUACAUUCCGUCAACGCUCACUCAACUCAACCCAACUAAUGGGUAUCUUAACCCUAGUCGUCUCCGGCGCAAUCUUGCUCCUCCUCACCGGCGUCACCAUCACCGUUACCGUUCUUGGCCUCAUCUUCUUUUCACCCAUCAUCCUUCUCACCAGUCCCAUAUGGGUCCCGAUCGGCGCCCUCCUCUUCGUCGUCGUCGCCGGAUUCCUCUGUGUUUGCGGAACCGGCUUGGCCGCCGCCGCCGCCGUGUCUUGGUUGUACAAGUAUUUCAGAGGGUUACACCCAGUGGGUUCAGACCGGGUCGACUACGCCCGGAGCCGGCUUGCGGAUACAGCGAGUCACAUGAAGGAUUACGCAAGGGAAUACGGUGGGUACUUCCAGGGUAAGGUGAAGGACGCCGCUCCCGGUGCUUGAAGGUGGUGGUGAACCGGUCGGAAACAUCAAGAAUCGGUGGAGAGAUGGUUGAUAGCCGGAUUGUCCAUCUUUUAGUUUGUAUUCUGGUGUGUAUUUCCUCCAUCUUCUUUUUUCUUACCAGUAAAGCUCUGUCCAGUGUUUGAAGGAUAAAAAAUCCAGUGUUAUAUGCUAUAAAAACUUGUAUGUACAUUUUGCAUUGAACAUUUUAUUUUGGGCAUAAAUCUGAUGGCCUAAAUCAAACCAGAUGCAUUACAGAA